CGGCCCACCGGGAACUGCAGCCCAGCCCGCGACGAGCGCGACUUAGCCUUGGCCCGCGCCUUCCCGCCCUGCUUGCCACGGCCGGACAUGAUCGCAGACGACUCAGCAAAGACACCCACAAACUCGACUCCAAUCGACUCGACUGAUUCACUCUCCCGGCGUUCACGCCCACCCGCUUAAUAUAGUGCUCGGUCGGAGUGUGGGCGCCUCCUCUGAUAGGUUGGGAUUGGGGCGUUGUUUCUAUGGCCAAUGGGAAAGCGAAUCGAGCGGUGUCCAAUAGCAAAGCUUGUCGGGGCGUGAAGCCCUGAACGAGCACUUCCAGCCAAUGGCGAUGCGACGCUCUCGAGCAGCUCAUUUGCACAGCGCCGCUAUAAAAGUGGCGCCUGCGCUAGGUAGCAGUACUCGCUGUUUGUGGUGGUGUUGAUAGUUGGUCAUUGAGAGGACCAGGUGUGUGUUUGCUCACGAUGCCUGAGCCAGCUAAGUCUGCCCCGGCGCCUAAGAAGGGCUCCAAGAAAGCUGUUACCAAGACGCAGAAGAAGGGAGACAAAAAACGGCGUAAGAGCCGCAAGGAGAGCUACUCGAUCUACGUGUACAAGGUGCUGAAGCAGGUGCACCCCGACACGGGCAUCUCCUCGAAGGCCAUGGGCAUCAUGAACUCCUUCGUCAACGACAUCUUCGAGCGCAUCGCCGGGGAGGCGUCUCGCCUGGCGCACUACAACAAGCGCUCCACCAUCACCUCGCGGGAGAUCCAGACGGCAGUGCGGCUGCUGCUGCCGGGCGAGCUGGCCAAGCACGCAGUCUCGGAGGGCACCAAGGCUGUCACCAAGUACACCAGCUCUAAAUAAGCUGUGCACCCUGAGUCAGGCCUCCUGAAUCCAAAGGCUCUUUUAAGAGCCACCCAUUUUUUCAGAAAAAGAGCUGUCACGGUCGUGCUUUGUUAAUAUUCUGCCAGGUUUAGCUGCAGAAGAAAAACUACUAUAAACCGAUAAAAGUUGUGUCUAACUGAAGAAGAUACUUUCUUUGAGGUCAUGUAUGCGUUCUGCAUCGGCCUUACUCGAGCAGAGAACGCCGACAGCCAUACACAUAAAAAUUACAAGUAGGCGUGAGUCCCUUUCA